AAUUUGACGAACUCCAAGCCGAAAUAUUUUGUGGAAAUAAUACUAUACAAUAUAUACACUUAUAUAGUAUAUACUGAAUUAUUAUUUUAACUUAAUUAAAAUAUACCAUAAAAGCCAAAUUUAAAUGAAAAGUGAAAACUAUAUAUCAAGUUAAAAGAAAAUCAAAUAUUGAUACAAAUAAUUGGAUAAUCCCGGGAAGAAACAUAAAAUAAAACAUGGCAUUAGCUCUGCAAAGACGUGCCAAUGUAAGGCUUCCACCAGAAGUUAACAGAAUUCUGUACAUAAGAAAUUUACCAUAUAAAAUCUCUGCUGAGGAAAUGUAUGAUAUUUUUGGCAAAUACGGAGCUAUACGACAAAUAAGAGUUGGAAAUACACCAGAAACAAGAGGAACAGCAUUUGUUGUGUAUGAGGACAUUUUCGAUGCAAAAAAUGCUUGUGAUAAUUUAUCUGGUUUUAAUGUUUGCAACAGAUAUUUAGUUGUAUUGUAUUAUAGAUCAAACAAAGCAUUUAAGGGAAUGGAUAUUGAAAAGAAGCAAGAAGAAUUAGAUACAUUAAAGAAAAAAUAUGGCAUUUCAACUGACGAACUUCAUAAAUGAAAAACUUAGUAAUAAAUGUUUAUUUUUAAAUAAUAAAAAUAAUUUGUGUUCUAUUUAAUGCAAUGCUCAUAUAGGACUAAAACAAACAACUUACAGGAACUGUAUUGGGAGAUUUGAGUUUUUAAUGCUUUUUUAAAUGUAAAUUCUGUUAAGUCCGAACACCUUUCCAUUGUCACAUGGACUUAUGCUUGAUUUUAGGGCUAUUACCUUUAGUGACAAAACCAUAUGUUGUUUUAAUUUAUGAAAAGAAAAUCCUUAAGAUUUUCUAAAUUUUCUUAUGUUUAAUCCCAUGUACAAUUAAAAGACAUUUAUAUAUUUUUUUAGUACAGAUAGUACUAUCUCAUUAUCCUUUCAAAUUAUACCAAUGGAUAGGUUAAUCAUUAUUGCUUUCUGUCCUUUAUUCCCCUCUCAGUAAAAUUCCUUUAAUUUUUUACAAUAUAUUUUUUACGAAUCAUGCAACUGAAAUUGAAACCAGUGGGAUUCGGCCAAUUUCAUUAAACAGCUAAGUCAAAUAAUCAAAUACUUCAACUCAGCUACAAAAAACUUUUGAGGUCAUAAGUAUUUAUAAGAUUAUUUUAUUUUAUAAAUGUUCUCCUAUAAUGAUAAUUAUACUAUUAACCAAAAAUGAUAAUUAUGAAACCAGAAUAAUCUUUUAUUCUUUUUUACAUAAAAGAUGUACAUUUUUAUUUCUUUUUUACUUUUUUGGUGUGGCUGUAAUAAUGGUAAGUACCUUUAUCUUAAUUAUAGUUUAUAUUAAUAGUACCAAUUUUAAAGCUGCAAUAAGAAAAAGUCAAGUAUCAAAUAAUAGAUAAAAAAAACUCAAUUUAUUA